AUGAAAGCCAUGUCCGGGAAAGGCGGUGAGACGAGCGUCGGCAACACGAGUCCACAUCUUACACACUUAGAGAGUCUGCUGCAGCAGCUGACGCAGUGUGAAGAGCGCAAGAGACAACAUGGCGUUGAGAACGCAGCCGCCAACACAAGACACAAACUAUUGAGCUCUCAACUGAUACAGACUCAGAAAGAGCUGGUUGCUGCUCAAGCGAGCAAGGCCAAGAUGUGUGAGGAAAUCGGGGCGUUACAGCUGACCAAGAAGCACCAAGAUAAGCAACUAGACAAGUAUAAAGUCGACUUACAGACUGCGCGCGAGGCGAAAGUGGUGAUGACAAAGAAGAUGGAACAACUCGAGGCAUUGACAUGGACAAUCAAGCAGCAGUACAUUCGAUCGCUUGCUUCUCGUAUUAAGACAAGUGCUCUAGUGCUUCAGCAGCUGAACGUGGUAAGCCAGACCUCGUUUAGUGCUCAAGUUGCUGAAAAAUGUAUAGAGUGGGAGCAGCCUACGUCAAACAAACGCAAGCGCAUUCUGGAAGUGAAUGAACAACAUCAAUCGAGUGAAGACAGAGACAAGCCCGAGCACACAGGAAGCCUUGCGGAAAACACGUCGCGCUUCAAAGACACUCAGCAGUCAGAACCCGUUGCAGUUGAUGAUCCUGCGACUAUAGAACCAUUAAACGAUGAUACUGCAAUGGUGGAGUGCCCCGAGCCUUUGGCAAGCGCGAGUCACAAUGACCGUAACUGUAAUAACCAACGCGAAGACCGUCCUAAACGUGAACACGAAGUUGGUGAAUUGCGUGCUCAAGUUACAAAAUUUGAAUUGGAUUAUUCAGUACUGAGUGACAAGUAUAAUGCGCUUGCUCGCGAUUAUGACGAGAUUUUAGCCGAGAAUACGAUGUCAGCUCAAGAAAUCAAGGCAAGUAAAUCGAAAAUCGAGGAGCUGACGCAGAUGUUGGAGAUUUUGCGGUCAAAGCCGCACGAGCUCACGGCCAAUACAUGUUCUUUGAGUGAGAAAGAUAAGGAUGCUCAAGAUGGACGCUUGAAGAUCCUAGAGGAAAACUUGGCACAAAUGAAUGGAUAUGCUGAUCAGCUAGAGAUGGUUAUUGCGCAAUGUCCAUCGUGUACCAUCAAGCUGCGAGACGAGAGCACGCAGGAUUCUGUUGCUAACAGAACUGAAUAG